CCGGCACGCCUCGCGGCAGAGUGCUGCGGUUCCGUCCGAGGCUCGCUUCCCGGCCCCGAGCUGCGAUGAGCACCCCCGCCGUGCCCGAGGACCUGCAGCUGCCUCCGAGUCAGAGGGCCCGGUCCGCGUUCAGAGAGCAAAGAAGACAAAAACUCAAGGAGCACCUGUUAAAAAGAAAAACUUUUUUUGCACACAAACAGGAAAAUCAGAUAUUAUCCAGUGGUAGAGACCAGAGAGUGAAGACAUCUGAAGGCCAGAUCCAAGAAGAGACAAAAGCUCUGAAACUUAAGACAAAGAUGGCUGAUAAAGAGAAUGUCGGUAGACCUACUGGGAUCAAAAAUAAUAUAACAAUGGAAAAAAACUGUAUUCCUUUAAAACCUUCUAAUGAAUUAACCAAUUCAACUAUAACAAUUGAUCCACUUAAUUUUGAGGAUAAUAAUGAAACUCUGCCAUUGUUACCAAUUAAAGAUGACCCCCAAAGUCAACAUAUGACAUUAAGCCAAGCAUUUCACCUUAAAAACAAUAGUAAAAAGAAACAAAUGACUACAGAAAAACCAAAGCAAGAUGCUAACAUGCCCAAGAAACCUGUGCUUGGAUCUUAUCGUGGCCAGAUUGUUCAGUCUAAGAUUAAUUCCUUUAGAAAACCUCUACAAGUCAGAGAUGAGAGUUCUGCAACAACAAAGAAACUUUCAGCUACUGUCUCUAAAGCCACAAAGCCUCAGCCUGUAGGUGCCAGUAGUGUAACAGUGAAAAGUGAUAGAGCGUCACAUAUGACAACAGCCACUAAAUUUGUGGGCACUACAUCUCAGAGCAGUCAACUUGUGCGACCUCCUAUUAGAAGUCAGCAGAGUAACACCCAGGACGCCAUGAAACAAGGCAUCAGUAGGGCGUCUGCCAAUGUUACAGUUCGGAAGGGGCCUCGAGAUAAAGAACUAUUACAAUUAGAUACAGUUUCAUCUAGUGUCAAAACCAGUUCUUCUCAGGACAUAAAAAGAAAUAAGACACUAUCAAGAAGCAUGACAUCUGAAAUGGUAGCCAGGCCUGCUUCGUCUUCUAAUACUAAACUGAUAGAAAAGUCCAAAAGCAUUGACCUGCGCAGACAUACCAUGGUGAAAGCAGCUGUUGACAGUAGAUGGACUCAGCCCAAGGAAACUGCAGAGGAGAGAAAAGCUCGUCUGAAUGAGUGGAAAGCUGGCAAAGGAAGAGCACUGAAAAGGCCUCCGAGCGCAGUGGUCACCCAGCCUGAGCCCCAAGCACAAAAUGAAAAACCAGUUGGGUCCUUCUGGACUACCAUGGCAGAAGAAGACGAACAACGAUUGUUUACUGAAAAAGUAAACAAGACAGUUUCUGAAUGCCUAAACCUGAUUGAUGAGGGAUGUCCAAAAGAAGAAGUAUUGGUUACACUGAAUGACCUGAUUAAAAAUAUUCCAGAUGCCAAAAAACUUGUUAAAUAUUGGAUAUGCCUUGCACGCAUUGAACCAGUCACAAGUCCUAUCGAAAAUAUUAUCGCAAUUUAUGAGAAGGCCAUUCUGGCAGGAGCUCAGCCUAUUGAAGAGAUGCGACAUGCGAUUGUUGACAUUCUGACAGUAAAGAGCCUAGAAAAAGUUAAAGUUGGAGAAAAUAUUGAGGAGGCAUGUGCAACCAAGGAACAAAUCCAAGAAGCCAACACUGAUGAAAUAGGUGUUAAUCUAAGGUCAGAAAAACCAGAAAUGGAAAAUAAGCAUCCUAGAAAUGUGGUAUUUCAAGAUUGUGAAAAAGAGCAAGAUGGCAAAACAGAAGAUCCACCCGGUGAUGUUAAAACCCUCAAUACAGAAACUAGGGCAGGUUGCUUAAUUAAAUAUAAUGUGUCUACUACUCCAUACUUGCAAAGUGUAAAAAAGAAGAUGCAAUUUGAUGAAACAAAUUCUGCAUUUAAAGAGCUAAAGUUUCUAACACCAGUUAGACGUUCUCAACGUCUUCAAGAGAAGACUUCUAAGUUGCCAGAUAUGUUAAAAGACCAUUAUCCUUGUGUGUCUUCAUUGGAACAGUUAACAGAGUUGGGAAGUGAAACUGACGCCUUUGUGUGCCGCCCCAAUGCAGCCCUGUGCCGCAUGUUCUUGGAGACUGACACGACAGAAGAGAAGUGAAGCUCUGAUAAGGAGUGGGGUUGUGUUAUUCAGAGGGUGUUUGGUUGGUUGGUUGGUGGUGGCUUUGUUGAAGCUCUGAUAAGGAGUGGGGUUGUAUUAUUCCGAGAGCAGUUGGUUGGUUGGUUGGUUGGUUGUGGCUUUGUAUGUCCAUUAGGUCAGGAGUUGCCAAGUACCUAAGUAUUCACAGCAGUCAGCACUUCUGCUGAUGUUCACUCUAUAGCAGGUGUUGCCUUCUGUGUGUUGGAAAGCUAAUUCUACUUUGUUGAUCUCAACCUGUCUCUAAGACAGGUAAAUUUUGUCACGACAGAGUGAGCUUGCUUUGUCAGCCAAUUCUGGUAGCCCAAGCUGCUGUCCUCUCCUGCAUCUCUGGGGCUCUGCCCCUGGUUCUGCAUUGUCACUCUCCAGCAAUGCCAGUGAGUCUGCACCUGUGGUCUCUUGGUCUGUUUCUUGUUUAUUAUAGCCGAGGUCACCAAGAGGGAUAGUUAACUAAAUACUCCAUUUCUAAGAGAAGAUACUUUGUGGUAAGAAAGAAAAUGUGCCAAAGCUAGCGGGUAUUCAGAACUUUAAAUCUGAGUUCCUUUCUACGUUCCUUUUGUAGCUUACUAUCUAAAAUGUUAAAAUUUUUAACUUCCAUCCCUUCAUUUGAUAUACUUUAUAGACUAUUAGAAUGGAGUUAGAGAAGGAAUAUAUAAUAUUUCAUAAAUGUCAUUCUCGUUUAGGUAGUAUUUCUAAAACAACUAAUACUUAAAAUUGAUUUCUUCCCUGUAAUGUAAAAACUUCACUGUUAAAUCAUGUCUCCUAAAACAUGAUAGUCAUACACAGUAAGUAGUUCUUGUCUCCCCACACAUAAAUACCACCAGUAAAAUUGUUUUGUAAGUCUCUGAACUAAUACUUAAAUGGCAGACAUCCUUUACCAACUCUACAGUUUCAAGUAAGGAUUUAGUUAUUAUAAAAGAUUAAUUUUAAAAUGCAUGAUAUGAACAUGGUUGAAAAUCACAUAUUUAUGUUAUUAAUUCUAUUUGUAUAAUAGUGCCAGUCUUUGCUCUAUUUAUUAUCUUAUGUUCUAGAGAGUAGGAUUUUUAUUCCUUUUAAACUGUGUACCUAGUAUGUAUACAAUAAAUGAAAAUAUAUAACGAUAUUGCAGUGACAUUUCUUUCAACAAAUAUAAAAUGUGAUUUAACCACAGUGAAUAAAUUUGAACCUUGCCUUUGAAAUACAUUACAGUGGGAUUGGACUUUAGGUUUUUCAGCACUUAAAAUAAGCAUGUGCUUAAUCUACUUAUAUAAAAAUUAAAAAACUAAUUUUUUUUGUACUUUGUAUGAAUGUCGCAAAAUAUGCCAUUUUGAAAUAAACUUCAA